UUUUCCCUGACUGGCAGCAUGGAGGCCUCAGGAUGCCUGAAGUUACUGUAAAAGGUGUUAAUCAGCAGUUCUUCAUAACUCUGGCAGCCUUCCUCAAAAAGUCCAGGAAGCUGAAAGUCCCUCAAUGGGUGGACACAGUCAAGCUGGCCAAAUAUAAAGAGUUUGCCCUUUACAAUGAGGAUUGGUUCUACACAGGAGCUGCUUCCACAUCACUGCACCUGUACCUCCUUGGUGGUGCAGGGGUUGGUUCCAUGACCAAGAUCUAUGAGGGAUGGCAGAGAAGUGGUGUCAGGCCCAUCCACUUCAGCAGAGGCUCUAAGAGUGUGGCCCGCCGGGUCCUCCAAGCCCUGGAAGGGCUGAAAAUGGUGGAAAAGGACCAAGCUGGGGGCCACAAACUAACACCUCAGGGACAGAGAGAUCUGGACAGGAUCGCUGGACAGGUGGCAGCUACCAACAAGAAGCAUUAGAACAAAAGAUGCUGGGUUAAUAAAUUGCCUCAUUCAUUAAAAAAAAAAUUCACAAGUCCAGGAUAAUAGAUG